AUGGAAGCCAAACAGGUCCUCCAUUUUGUGCCAUCUGAUGCUCCAGCCACUGGGAGGUCUAAGAAUGGAUACGUGUUCCAGGAGAUGGAACUGCAGGAUGGGGACCAGGAGGAUUCUGGGCCAAAUAACCACGUCUAUGACAAAGACAUCCAGAUCAGUGUCUCAGAUCCUGACAGUCCAGCAUUUGGACUUUUAAAUACAACAAGACAACAUGUGAAGCUAAUGAACUUCCAGGAGGAAGUGCGUGCCCACAGAGACCUGGACGGCUUCCUGGCUCAGGCGAGUAUCCUUUUGGACGAGAAGGCUGCGACUCUGGACGAGGUGCUGAGGCGGAUGUUGACUAAUGUGGUGGAGGACGGACACGGGAGCUGUGACGUGGACACGGUUAUGAACUCGCUGUUCACCGAUGCUGCCGGAAAGGAGUUUAAUGUUCACCUCCUGUCAGAGACCAUUCAGGGUGUGACUGCCACUUCCACUGGGGUUCGAUACCAGCAGUCCUGGCUUUGUAUUCUCGCCAAUGUGCGGAGCCUGCAGAGACGCCAUGUCUGUGUCGCCCGCCUGGAGAGGCCGCAGAACUGGGGAGUCAACUGCUGUGAGGCUCGCUUCGUCAUCCUCAUCCUGGCGCCUCCCAGAACGAAAAGCACCAAGACAGCCGUUGAGCUGGGUCGAACGUUUGCCACGAUGUUCUCCGACAUUUCCUUCAGACAGAAGCUUCUGGAGGCAAAGACCCAGGAGGAGUUCAAACAGGAGCUGGUGUUCCAGCGACAGCAGCUCUCCAUCCUCUCGGAGAAGCCGGUCAUGGAGGAGGUGGAGGAUUCAGAUCCACGUAGAGGGAAAUCACUUGAGUUCAGAGAUUUCCUCAAAGCCGGUAAAGGUAUUUAUGGCGACCUCCGGCGCAGACUCCCCCUCUACCCCUCGGACUUCACAGACGGUUUAUAUGGGGAGGACCGCUCUCUGCUGAAAUACACCACCACUGCUAUUUUUCUCUACAUUGCCAUCCUGCUGCCUGCCAUUGCCUUCGGCUCACUGAAUGAUGAAAGCACAAGAGGAGAGAUAGAUGUUCAGAAGACCAUCAUUGGACAGAGCAUCGGAGGAAUCAUCUAUUCUUUGUUUGCCGGCUCGCCGCUCGUCAUCCCACUGACCACUGCACCACUGGCCAUUUUCAUAAGUGUCAUCAGGGGUAUCUGUGACGACUACAACCUCGACUUUGAUGCCUUCUACGCCUGCAUCGGUUUAUGGAACAGUUUGUUCCUCAUCCUCGGAGGCUUGUUCAAUGUCAGCUUGCUGAUGAAGCUCUUCAAACGCUCAACAGAAGAAGUCAUCGCAUUGUUCAUCUCCAUAGCGUUUGUCGUGGAUGCGCUGAAGGGAACCGUCAAAAUUUUUGAGCACUUCUACCACGACCCCACACUGGCGACCACAAACAGCACGCUGGUGCUUCAGCAGAUCACUGAGAUCCUAGAGAAGGCAAAUAACCAGACGGGAAACAUGCUCGGACCUAACAACGAGACCGGUUCGAUGUUGGUCUUCCUGCCCCAGUCUUUGGUUUUAUGCUCCAGAGAAAGGCCCAUCCUCUGCCUGCUGCUCAUGUUGGGGACCCUGUGGCUCGGUUACGCCCUCUAUCUCAUCAAGAAGAGCCCAUAUCUGAACCCAACCGUCAGAGAGGUGGUGUCUGACUGUGCUCUGCCGACCUCCGUCCUGAUCUGCUCCUUCAUCGGCUCCUACCUCUUCCUCGACAUCCAGCUCCCUGUGUUCAGCGUCCAUGACGGCCCCAUCUUCAACUUCCCUCACUUUGAGAAGCUGACAGGGUUGAACGCACUGAGCGCGGUGGGGCUGGGCUUCCUCCUCGCGCUGCUUAUCUUUAUCGACCAGAACAUCGUCAUCUCGCUCACACAUGUACCAGAGCACAAGUUGCUAAAAGGCACAGCUUUCCACUGGGACCUGAUGCUGACUGGCUUCAUCAACAUCCUCAUGUCCUGCCUGGGGUUGCCAUGGAUGCACGCUGCCUUCCCACAUUCCUCCCUACACGCCCGUCAGCUGGCCAAGGUGGAACAGCACGUAGAGAACGGACACGUCUACACAACUAUCGUCAGCGUGAAAGAAACGCGGAUUACGUCUCUGGUCGCCAACAUCCUGAUCGGCCUGUCUGCCUUCAUGCUGCCCAUCCCUCUGCAGUGGAUCCCCAAGCCCGUCCUCUACGGCCUCUUCCUCUACAUCGCCGCCACGUCACUGGACGGGAACCAGAUGAUGGACCGCAUGUGCCUGAUGCUUAAAGAACAGACCUCGUAUCCCCCCACCCACUACAUCCGCCGGGUUCCCCAGAGGAAGGUCCACUACUUCACGGGGCUGCAGAUGAUCCAGCUCAUCAUCCUGUGUGCGUUUGGGAUGUAUCCUCUGCCCUACAUGAAGAUGGUGUUCCCCCUCCUCAUGAUACUGCUCGUUCCCAUCAGGACCAGUCUGCUUCCCAAAAUGAUCGACGCCAAGUACCUGGACAUCAUGGAUGCCCAACACAUGUAG